AUGGGGUGCUGUAAAUCAAAGCACGGACAACUGUCUGUGGUGGACUACUGCUGUGAACAAGACACGAACGAGGCUGUGGUUGCUUUGGUGGACCCCGUAGUGGACGAGAGCACUGCCUUGUUGGAGUGGCGUGAAUACGAGAGCGGAUUACCUCAGGUAACGGAAGAAGAAGCGCUUUCUUCUCCUCCCGUCGGUAACCUGGCGCUGAUGGAUUUUGCCCAGAGGAUGGCCGAGGAGAUCAUGGCCAUGGCCAUGCAGCAGUGGAAAGAGCUGGACAGGCGGUUUGGGGACAUUCCUUACAUUGACACAGACUAG